AUGACGCAUACAAAAUAAUUUCUCGAAAAGAAACCCAUUUGUUUCGCUCGUCGGCGGCCGAUCGCCGACUUUCCGUGAGUGAAUACAUAAAUUCAUUAAUUAAUGCUUGAAAGUAAUUUAGAUUUUUUACGCCGAAUUAACCAAAUUUUUUGUGAGAAAAUAGAAAAUAUACAUACAUAUUACGUGAUACAAGCUGAGUCAUGAUGAGCGCACCUUUUUUUAGGUCUCUUUAGAGCAAACAUGGCAUAAAUAUGGAGAGGAGAACAAGGACGGCGUUCGCGCGAAGUGAAGAAGGUCGGCGGAAGGGCUGUCGAAGAGCUGGCCAAUGACCCCGUUGAUUCUGUUUCAGAGCUGCACAUGCCAAGAUUUUCCGAAAGCAUUCCUAACAUCACAGUCACGAUAGGAAAGGAUGCCGUUUUGGCUUGCGUUGUGGACAACCUUAAAAAUUACAAGGUGGCGUGGGUGCGCGUGGAUACGCAGACGAUCCUCUCGAUCCACCACAACGUGAUCACACAGAACCCGCGCAUCUCGCUGUCACACACCGACCAUCGCUCGUGGUAUUUGCACAUCAACGACGUCCAGGAGGCCGACCGGGGCUGGUACAUGUGCCAAAUAAACACCGAUCCCAUGAGGUCGCGCGUCGGCUAUGUCCAGGUCGUCGUUCCACCGAGCAUUCUGGACAAAGAGACGAGCUCGGACAUGGUCGUCAGGGAAAACAGCAACGUCUCAAUGAACUGCAAAGCUGAGGGUUAUCCAGAGCCUUACAUCAUGUGGCGCCGCGAAGAUGGCGAGGACAUUAACUACAAUGGAAACGAAGUGAGCGUGGUGGACGGAGAGCUGUUGUACAUAACGCGGGUGAGCCGGCUGCACAUGGGCGCCUACUUGUGUAUCGCGUCCAACGGAGUGCCGCCAUCCAUCAGCAAAAGGGUUCUGCUACGCGUACAGUUUCCUCCGAUGCUGACAAUUCCAAACCAGUUAGAAGGCGCGUAUAUGGGCCAAGAUGUGGUCCUUGAGUGUCACACAGAGGCUUAUCCCUCCUCCAUCAAUUACUGGACAACAGAAAGAGGAGACAUGAUCGUUUCAGCCCUGCAUGUUUCAGGAGACAAGUACGAGGCGGUGUCGACCGACGACGGCUACAAGAAGUACAUGAUGCUCAAAAUUCGCAAUAUUUUGCGCAAGGACUUUGGGUCCUACAAAUGUGUGGCCAAAAACUCACUAGGGGAGACUGACGGACUCAUCAAACUUGAUGAAAUUCCCGUUCCGUCAACUACGUCGACCACAUCCACCACCAGCCAGCCACCAACGGCAGGUGGAAAGAAAAGAGGUCGGAGCAAACACUCGAAACAACGGCACAAGCAUAACGAGGUGGUUGGAGCAGCCAACAAGGAUUUCACCACCAACAGAUGGGAUCGCGGAGAUUCCGGUCCUUGGGAUGAGUUCGGCGGCCAAGAUGAAAACCCCGAAAUCCCUUCCGAGGGUCUUGCCAUGGACAACCCAUCUUCAUGCACCCUCGGCGGGUCACUGGUGGUGGCCUCGUGUUUGCUCAGCUUGUUUUGGCUGCAGUGAGGAGCAGGAAGUGUGUAAUUGGGAAAAAUGUGUCGCCCUCACCCGGCGAGCCAAAUUAACAAAAGACUCGGAAAAAGCUGAGUUGGACUGAGUUGGACGUUGCACCUUAAAAAUAGCGCUGUUUGCACUCGUUCUCUCUGUGUAUGUGUCAAGCGAGAGUGCUUUUCGCUGCUGAUUACCUACUAAUUAAUGAUGACUUAUUACGCCUGUACAUACAUUUACGCGGAUAAUAAAAAUUCGUCUCACGA